UGUUCAUCCGCUGCCGGUUGCGUUUUUACGGCACAAUCUGACACCGGACGAGUUGCACCUGUAUGUGUUCCCGAUUUGGCCACCUCGAUUAAAGAUGCUCAUUUCCGAUAAUCACAGUCAGAUGACACCAAACGCGACGACGCCAACGGAUUAUACUUCCGCAUUGCUGAAUGUUUCCAUUUUUUCCACCGUCUCGCCCCCGGCCGCCCAAUGGACGGCCGUCCCCAUCUUCACCCUGAUCAUCUUCCUCCUGGUCCUGCUGGUCAACGCCACGGUUCUGUACGUCUUUUACGCUAAUCCCCACCUGCGGACGCCCUUUACCAUCUACCUCAUUAACCUCUUCUCGGCCAACAUCAUCAUCGCUUUACUGCAGAAUCCACUGGAUGUCCUCUUCGAACUGUACGGCCGCUGGACGUUUGGGCACGUUGCCUGCUCGCUGUAUUUAUACGGGAGUUACGCGGUCAGCGGCGGCACGAUGGUGUGUCACGUGGUCAUCAGUGCUAAUCGCAUCUGGGCGAUUGUCUUUCCGCUGCACUAUCGGCUGCACCACAGUAAGCGGGUGGCGGUGUGGAUUUGUGUGGGGAUAUGGGGUUAUGUGCACGUGUUGAUUGUUCCGGGACUGGUCAUGGACGGAUUGUGGUAUCGGCAGCCGUUGGAAAAACUCGGAUGUCAAGUUAAUAUGGAAACACAGACGGCGUGGUCGGGCGCUGUACACUGGCUCAUCUACAACAUAGCGGAGAUCUUCGUGGUGGGCGCGUACCCCUUCAUCUGGUACUUCCGAAAGAAAUCCCGCAAGGUCACCAACCUCUCCGACUCCAAGCCCAGCAGCAAACCCUCGGACGAAGCCAACACCACCCUCCCACGGGUGGACACCAUCAUUUCCCUGGAGACCAUGGCCCCACCGGCUCCGCCCAAACCCCGCAGUGACCGCGCCCGUGCCUACUCGAUGACCAUCACCAUCAUCAAGCAGAAGGAGAAUACGCACGCCUUCACCAUGUUGACCUUUCUCACUUGUAGUGUGGCACUGUGCUGGACGCCGAUUAUGGUGUUCUACGGGCUGGCGCCGUAUAUGGGUUUUCCCCCGGUGUUCUAUCCGCUGGCACGGGGCAUUUAUGCGCUGCAGGCUGUCGCUGACCCGAUUGUCUUUACACUGGCGUUGCGGGAAGUGUGGAAUGCCUUUGUGGAGAUGGGGCGCAGUAUGGUGCGCUCUAAACGGCGACCGUCGACCGUGCCAACUGUGACGACAUAA